AUGCCCUCACUUCGUCACUUGGUGCCUCUUGGAGUGCUGGUGGUGACGUUGUCCAAUCUGUUUCAUCAGAAAGAUGUCUUCAACUCGUGGGGAUCCUUUUGGAGUCUGGAAGAGUUGGAUUUUGUUCAGGACAACAACAACAACAACGACAUGACGAGCAAUGCCGAUACUGCGAGUACCACUGUGGUGGAACAUCAGAGUGUAGAAAGAAGAAGAAGAAGAAGAAACAGAAUCUUGUCGUCUCCCAUUGAUUCGUUUUACUUUGAGCGGUCUCCAUCUCACUGGCUCCUGAAUUCUUCUUCUUCCUCAUCUGACACUUCUUCAUCAUCACAACCACAUCAUCAUCACCAGCAUCAUGCCAUUGUGAUUCCCUACCGCGCUCGGCAGUACCAUUUGCAAGAGUUUCUAAAGUACAUGAAUCCCUACUUGGCCACGCACUUUCCCAACGACACAUUUUCCUUGUGGAUCCUGGAACAAGACGAUUCCGAGCCAUUCAACCGCGCGUGGUUGGCCAAUGUCGGUCUCCGCGAGAUUUUGCGACAUUCACCAACUACGCAGUGUGUCAUUUUUCACGAUGUCGACUUGAUUCCAUCUGCCAAAAAGGUGGUACCCUACACUACCUGCCAUGUGCCGCUACAAUUGGGCAGUGAACUGCAACACUAUGAUUGGACGUUCCCGUAUCCCACCUAUACAGGCGGCAUUACGUCCAUGAGUCUGUCGCAUUGGCAACUCGUCAAUGGACUUUCCAAUGACUAUAUUGGUUGGGGCGGAGAAGACGACGAUUUGUAUCAUCGAUUGCGCAUGUGCGGGUUGCUCCAACAAUCCAAACAACCCGGUUAUUGGCAUGCACCAGUGCCACAUCGACCCCCCAAAGGACACGGCACAUUUACCACCAUUUCUGAAAAGAAGGAACAUCACACCCAAACCAAAUCGGAAGGACAAAUUAGUAAUGCGCGGGAUUUGAUUCGAGAAAUGUAUCACAACAGUGAUCGAUGGAGAUACGAUGGACUCAAUGAUGUCUAUUACAGUGUCACGGGACGGUCUGUGACACGACCUUCCACAAAAGGAUUUGAAGCCAUUCAUCACAUUCAAGUCAUUCCGCAAAAGUCCUAUCCAACCACCGCCAACAGGAGCACCAGUAGUAGUACUUUGAAUGGUCCAUUGUCAUUCACCAAGGAGAACGCGACGACAACAAAACUGCUAGCACCCAUCCAACGAAUCCCCGUCACACCCGUGUUGGAAUUCGUACCCAUUCCGGGAGUGACGGAUCUCCUCACGGGCAUGGCCGCCAAAGCGGGAAUUGUCUGGGGAGCGUGUCAUUACUUGUUGCCCGGAGAUAGUCUACUAGAAGACGAUGAAAAUGAAACGGUGUGUCCAUCUGGAAGUGGCGAUUUUCGAUACGAUACCCAAUGGCAAGCUACCUAUACACAAUUUGAAACACCGUGGCUGCUGCCACACCGACAGAUUGUCUUUAAUCCACUCGAGGGAACCCAACGGUUCACUGUCGUUCGCAAUCCGUACGAGCGAGCCAUUGAGUGGUUUCUUCAGAAACGACGACAAUUCACAGAUGAUCAUGAUACCAAAGAUGUCAAGGCAUCCCUCAACGCAUUUCUGCAACAGCACAUGACAGAAUUGCCAUUGCAGCGGGACUAUGUGUAUAGUACUGCAAAUGCAAACCCCAAACAAGGCAAGAAACCCAAGCAGUACAUUCACCAUGUGCUUCGCUACGAACGCUUGGUGGACGACUUGAGGCCACUCUUGUCGCGGUACGAGUAUCUAGAGGCACGCUUGGACGUGGAGAGCCUUCAAAAGCGGUGGAAUAAUAGUACGCUGCAAUCAUCAUCACUGGUGCGAGUGGAGGAUCUGUCCGACGCCACCAUGGAUGCUCUGAACCAACACUUUGAUUUGGACUUUUCGCGGUUUGGCUACUCGAAACAACAGCACAGUGGUGGGAAUGGCACGUUGUUGAAAGUCCAGCAUGCACUUCUCCGUCCAAAGAAAAAGAUUGCACUGGCACCACUACAAUUGGUGGAUAUUCCAUUCAGCGGCGGAGAGUUUCUCACGCGAGCUGCAGCCAGAGUGGGAAUAGAAUGGGGAGCCUGUCACUAUGAUGCCUUGGACGAAUGUCCGCAAGACACGAGCGGGGCCUUUCGUGAUAUCGGGGUGUACCAAGGCUGCUUUCACGAAGGCCAAACGCCAUGGCUGAUUCCGAACAAAAAUCAGCAAUUCGUCUUCAAGACACCCCACACGACCACGUUUGCCGUAGUGAGGCAUCCCUACAACCGAGCCAUUGACUUUUACCGCCACUUUUACGAUGAACAACAACAGCGGGGAGAGAAUACAGAAGCAGCAUUGGCGUGGUUGAAAUAUCCACAAGACUGGAACGGAACCGUUCCUCCGGCUCAAGUUGCAACCUACUUGAUUGGACGAGAAGAUCCCAAAAAGCUAAAUAUGUUCUUGCAGAAUGCAAUAGUGAACAUGCAUCGGCCUCACAAGCACACACCCGUCAGUUUGCCAAAGCAAACAUGGUACAUGUAUGGGAAAGGCGUCGACCGUGUCAUUCGGUAUGAAUCAUUGAUACCAGACAUGAAGAAAUUGUUGGUGGAAUUCAACAUGACAACAUUGCUGCCGGAGCUCAACAAAGCAACACACCGGGUACCCACGGGAGUGCGCUGGCUAGACAUGCCCGACUUGGACAAUGUAACCAUUGAUAUGGUGAAUCGGCAUUAUGGUGUUACCGACUUCAAGCGCUGGUAUGACAAGUCCCAACGCACUGUUCACGUGUCGACGGAUGGCUUUUGGAAUCGAAGUCAAUACAUACACCCGGCUCUACACUCGAAUACGAAAUACAUGUCAAAGGUGCUACUGAAACUGAAAAAGCGGGGCUGA